CACAUAUGAACUCAGUGGACAUGGCAGUGAAAAGGAAAUUCACCAAAAGAAAAAUAAACUUUCGAAUCCAAGGUACCAGACGAUUCCCAACCUUACACGGAGUAGAAUAAAACGUAAUAACCUUGCAACUCCAUCAGCGAUUCAAUUGGAUAUCGUGCUUUUGCUUCCGCUCUAAUAUUAUUUAUUAUUUUAUAAUACCCUUGACUUGUGACAAAGCUCAGGAAUUCAGUCCUGCAUCACGUGUUACCGAUCCCAAUUUAACCGUUACGCGGGCUCUCUGACCUGUUAUUCGGGCUUGUGAGUUUUCAGAGUAUGGAGGGUUUUGUGAAGUAAUUUAGAAAAAUUCGUUCUUAAUAUCUUCUUGAGGAAUCCAUUUUGGCCCCUUUUUUCUUUGCUGCUUGUUUCUUGAAUUGAAAAUAAAAAAGUGGAAUCUUUUUGAAUAUAAGCACUUAGAUUCCGUUUAAAUUUCCGUUUGCUAAAAUGAGCAUUCCGGCCUUGUUUUAGGAUUAUUAUUGGUUUAUAUGCCUUUUGAAAGGUUGAUGUUUCUUUGGGUUGAUUAGUUACUCCAUUGGAGUAACAAUAGUGACAAGCAGUUGGAUAAUUGCAAAAGGGAGAAGUAUAUAAGGAAUUGAAAGACAUGUCAUCAAGGUCGACCACAAACGAGACAAAUUGUUCUAGGAGCAGCUCUGUUAGAUCAAGGCGUGGUGCCCAUGUUGUCUCUCAGACGCCGAUUGAUGCCAAGCUUCAUGUAGAUUAUGAAGAGUCUAAGCAACAGUUUGAUUACUCAACAUCUGUCAAUGCAUCAACUUCCACUAGCAAUGUUCCUUCUUCAACUGUGUCAGCUUAUCUGCAGAAGAUGCAAAGAGGGAGCCUUAUCCAGCCAUUUGGUUGCUUGAUUGCGAUCCAUGAAAAAAAUUUGAGCAUUCUUGCAUACAGUGAGAAUGCACCUGAAAUGUUAGACUUAGUACCGCAUGCAGUUCCAAGCAUGGAACAACAAGAAGCUUUGAGUUUUGGCGUUGAUGUUCGAACACUUUUCCGACCUUCAAGUGCUGCUGCACUGCAAAAAGCAACCAAUUUUGAGGAAAUUAAUUUGGUCAAUCCAAUUUUGGUCCAUUGUAGAAACACUGGCAAGCCCUUCUAUGCUAUUUUACAUCGAAUUGAUGUUGGAUUAGUUAUAGAUCUGGAACCAGUGAAUCCAGAUGAUGUGCCAGUGACAGCUGCUGGAGCAUUAAAAUCAUACAAGCUUGCUGCCAAAGCUAUUUCAAGAAUACAAUCUCUGCCAAGUGGAAAUGUAUCACUGUUGUGUGACGUGCUGGUUAGAGAAGUGAAGGAUUUAACAGGCUAUGACAGGGUGAUGAUUUAUAAAUUUCACGAGGAUGAGCAUGGGGAAGUUGUCGCUGAGUGCCACAGGCCUGGCUUGGAAUCUUAUCUUGGAUUGCAUUACCCUGCAACUGAUAUACCACAAGCGUCGAGAUUUCUUUUCAUGAAAAAUAAGGUUAGGAUGAUAUGUGACUGUUGGGCCCAGCCUGUUAAAGUAAUUCAGGACAAGGGAUUAGCUCAACCUCUGAGUCUUUCGGGAUCCACUUUAAGAUCUCCUCAUGGAUGUCAUGCACAAUAUAUGGCAAAUAUGGGUUCGAUUGCAUCUCUUGUGAUGUCCGUGAUGAUCAAUGAGGAGGUUGAUGAGAUGGAUGACAAUCAGAUAAAGCGAAGAAAGUUGUGGGGCUUGAUUGUCUGCCACCAUACGAGCCCCAGGUUCGUUCCUUUUCCUUUGAGGUAUGCAUGUGAGUUCUUGGUUCAAGUUUUUGGGGUUCAAAUCAAUAAGGAAGUGGAGUUGGAAGCUCAACUGAAGGAGAAGCAUAUUUUGCAAACGCAAACUGUGCUUUGUGAUAUGCUGCUAAGAGAUACCCCAGUGGGCAUUGUUACUCGGUCACCUAAUGUUAUGGACCUUGUGAGGUGUGAUGGUGCUGUACUCUUCUACCAUAAUAAAUGCUGGUUGCUUGGGGUCACUCCUUCAGAGGCACAAAUCAGAGAUAUUGCUGCCUGGCUUUUAGAGUACCAUGGCAGCAGUACUGGAUUAAGUACUGACAGCCUCAUGGAAGCUGGCUACCCCGGUGCUUCCAUUCUUGGCGAUGCAGUAUGUGGAAUGGCUGCUGUUAGAAUUAGUUCUAGAGAUUUCCUCUUUUGGUUCCGUUCGCACACAGCUAAGGAAAUAAAAUGGGGAGGUGCAAAACAUGAUCCAGAGGACAAAGAUGAUGGGAAAAAAAUGCACCCUAGAUCAUCAUUCAAGACUUUCCUCGAGGUAGUUAAGAGACGGAGCCUACCAUGGGAAGACGUGGAAAUGGAUGCAAUUCAUUCCUUGCAGCUUAUAUUAAGAGGAUCAUUGCUUGAUGAAAAUGAUGCUCAAAUGAUUGUCAGUGUUCCAGCAGUUGAUAUCAGCAUACAGAGGGUGGAUGAACUGCGUAUAGUGACUAAUGAAAUGGUUCGCUUAAUUGAAACAGCAUCAAUACCUAUAUUGGCUGUUGAUACCUCUGGCUAUAUCAAUGGAUGGAAUACCAAAGUCUCUGAACUUACAGGGUUGAGUUUACAAACAGCUCUUGGUACGCCCUUUGUUGAUCUGGUGAUCGACGAAGCAGUUGAUGUAGUGAAGAAUGUGCUCUCACUGGCUUUGCAAGGCAAAGAAGAGAAAAAUGUUGAAAUCAAACUCAAAACUUUUGGGCCUCAGGAAGAGAGUGGUCCUGUCAUCUUGGUUGCUAAUGCGUGUUGUAGUAGAGAUGUGAAGGAAAAUAUUGUAGGAGUUUGCUUUGUCGGCCAAGAUGUUACUGGGCAAAGGAUGAUAUUGGAUAAAUACAAUCAAAUCCAUGGUGAUUAUGUAGGAAUUGUUCGGAGUCCAUGUCCACUAAUUCCUCCCAUUUUUGUGAUGGAUGAGCAUGGACGUUGUGUGGAGUGGAACGAUGCGAUGCAAAAAUUGUCGGGUCUAAAGAGGGAACAAGCCAUAGACCAAAUGCUUCUUGGUGAGGUCUUUACAGUUCAUAAUUUCGGCUGCCGGGUCAAAGAUCAGGACACGUUAACAAAGCUCAGAAUAUUACUCAAUGCUGUAAUUGCAGGCCAGGAUGGUAAUAAGUUGGUAUUUGGCUUCUUUAAUCAGCAAGGAAAAUAUGUAGAAGCAUUAAUUUCUGCAAACAAAAGGACUGAUACAGAGGGCAGGGUCACUGGGAUUUUGUGCUUUUUGCAUGUUGCUAGUCCUGAACUUCAAUAUGCCAUGCAAGUGCAAAGGAUAUCUGAACAGGCUACUGCAAAUGCCCAAACAAAGUUGGCUUAUAUCCGAGGUGAAAUUGGAAACCCUUUAAAUGGAAUAAAGUGUUUGCAGAAUUUUAUGAAAUCUUCAGACUUAAGUAAAGAACAAAGACAGCUGUUGAAGACUAGUGCAUUAUGUCGGGAACAGCUAGCCAAGAUCAUUGAUGAUGCUGAUGUUGAGAGUAUUGAGGGCAGCUAUGCCGAAAUGAAGUCUGAUGAAUUUAAUCUUGGGGAAGCUUUAGAAGUGGUCAAGAAUGAAGUUAUGAUCUUGAGCCAGGAGCGCCAGGUGCACGUUAGAUAUGAUUUACCUGCUGAAGUAUCAUUCAUGUACUUAUACGGUGACAUCUUGAGGCUUCAGCAAAUCCUUUCAGACUUUUUGGCAAAUGCUAUCUUUUUUUCUCCUCCUGAAGGAUCGUCAAUUGAAUUCAGGCUGAUUCCAAGAAAGGAGUGUAUCGGGACAUUGACACAUGUUCUUCAUAUUGAAUUUUGGAUAACUCAUCCUGCCCCGGGGAUCCCUGAAGAGUUGAUACAAGAAAUGUUUUAUUAUAACAAUGGUGUUUCGAGAGAAGGUCUUGGCUUGUAUAUCAGCCAGAAACUAGUGAAGAUCAUGAAUGGGACUGUAAAAUAUCUUAGAGAGGCUGAGAAAUCUUCUUUCAUUAUUCUAAUAGAAUUUCCAUUUGCGCGCAAACCACCCGCAGAUGAAAGUGGUCUAAAAUUAAAACAGACAAAACUAGCUUGAGAUAGUGAGAGAACUGUUUGAAGCUCAAAGAUUUUACAAUGGCUGCUCAAGUGGCACAGAGUCCUUAUGCGGACGUUGGGACUCCAGUGGCUUCUGCAUUCAAUACCAAUCCUCGAGUCGUUUGGAGAAGUUCAAUGGCGGGCCUAUUGCUUAGAAAUUGAACACUGUAUUGAACUUUUUCUUGGCAUGACAUUAAUGAACGAUUAUAACAUUCGGAGAUCUAUGAUUCUGGUCAAUUUGUUCUGAAUGGAGUUCUUUCAAAGUCCAAGACAAGUUGACGCUGAAAAAUGUAUUUUGCUUGCCAUCCCUGGAAAAAGGUAAACUGAACAAGUCUCGUAUUGGAAUAGAGCAGAGACUGAAUUUGUUGAGAUAUUCCAUUAAUGAAGCGGGCCAAGUUUAUAGUCUAUACUGGACUUGGAGCUGUAAAUUCACCUCCCCAUUUUGGCAUUUUCAAGUUCUCAUCCACUUUCUGCAGCAACCGUCUUGUAUAUAUGUACUGCAAAGAUAAUCUUGUCCAAUAAGUACCCUGGUGCUAAAUUUAUGGUAGUGUUUGCAAAAACAUAUUUUUAAUCAAUUUCCAUUUGGUUUGGGCAAUUGAAAAGUUCAGUCACAGGAUCUUGUUCUUGCUAAUCUAUAAUGGUCUUUUUCAUUAA